AUCAUACGUUUACGUCGGGAUUUAACUCGUUUACAAGAAGCAUCAGAAUCAAGAAUUCGAUGUUUAAAAAAUAGACUACAAGCAAUUGCUGAAGAAACAUUUAAACGAAACACAUUAGAAAUGAAAGUAUCACAAUUGCAUACUGCUGCAUUAAAGUAUGCAAAUCAAUUCGGUCAGCUAACAUCUUCAAACAGACCAAAUAAUGAGGAUGAUACAAAAAGUAAAGGGAUGUAUUUGUUUUCAUUACCAAAAUUGAAUCGGACACCACAUCAAAUUAUUAAAACAGAAACAGGAAAUUCAUGAAUGAUCAGAGUACUAUUGUCAAUUGUAAAAUGUUAGUCAAUCUGUUGUGUAUUGUGAUUCAAAUUUAAAUUUUGUCAAU